AUGAUGAACGAUGGUGUCCCUGAUGACGAUGAUGAUUUGAACCUGCGUCGCGAGGAACGCGUGAAAACUGGAUUCUGGCAGCAGUGCUUGAUGGCUGUGAAGGGAUGCGGCCUUUUCUGUUACCUGGCCUGCCCGCCGAUCCCGGAACAUGUCGCGAGAAAGUUUGCCUUCCACCCACCACCUCGCGGCGAAGAAUACAUCUUGAGGCGAAGUGACAAGCCCACCGAAUGGACCACGGAUGCCAGACAGGUCCAUGGCAAACCUUUCUACAUCGAGCUGACGGCGGCUGGUGGCCGAAAAUCGGAAAGCCAACGCGAUUCCCCUGAAAACGUCAAUCUCCGCAGCCGGUGCAAAUUCUUCACGGUUGAGACUCGCCGCAAAAACACCAUCGUGGCCGUGCACGCUAAGCCGCGCAUGUUGAGGGAUGAGCAUCAGGUCGUCAUCUUUGCGCAGCCCAAUUCCACGGACCUUGGCUGGUGGACGGCUCCGGUCAGCUCGAACGUGAUGCAUAUGGCUGAUCGAUUCGCUUGCGAUGUGGUGGCCUUUGACUAUUCCGGAUUCGGAUGCAGCUCGGGCUACCCAUCCGAGGGCAACAUCUACAGCGACAUCACGGCUGUCUACGCACAUGUGCGCCAGACAAGGCCACAUGCAGAGAUCAUCCUGAUGGGCUACAGCAUUGGCACCACGUGCGCUGUCGACUUGGCGAGCACCCGACCGGCAGGGCUUACUGGUGUGAUCCUCGUCGCCCCGUUCGCCUCUGGGAUGCGCCUGUUCCUGGCCCCGGAAACCGUGGAGUCGGGCGGCUCCUUCUGCCUGCAGCUCGACCGCUUCAAAAAUGUCGAUAAGGUGGCCCAGAUCGACGUGCCAACGCUGAUCUGCCACGGCAACGACGACGUGACAACACCGGUUAGCCAUGGAAAGCACCCAGUGCCGAUGUUGAUCAUGCAUGGCGCGGACCAUUCCUCAAUUCUGAACGAGCGCACCAGUGAAACAAUGGCCAGGAUCAACCGCUUCCUCCGCCACGAGACAUCCGGCAGUCGACCAAAGCCUCCAGAAUACAUCUCGAACAUGAUCCUCAACCCGGAGCCUAUCGUCGUCGUCGCCGAUGACGACUGCAAGUCGGGCGGCCAGGGCACUUCCGUCGUGUCGAUGACCGAAAUUGAUCUGCGCACUGAACCGAAAGCAUCCGACGAUCGCAUCCCCAUCAAGGUCGGGGAAAAGGCCCCGCUGUCCCAUUGUUUGGGGCGGCUCGUGUGUCAGCGUAUCCGGGCCGCUGUCUGCGCCCUCCCCACCAUUCUGACUCACCGGCGUGCAACUGAUUUUGGCGAAAUGGAAGCCGUGACGCGAAAUGCUGAUUGGGGAUUUUUACAGCGAAAGCCCUAUGGAACGCUAAUGGCUCUGCAAACGGUACUCGCAUUCGCCCUCUUGGUGUUGACCGUCGUCGCCCCUUACAAGUAUGAUGGCGCAUAUUGGGCAAGCGGCAUCUCCGGCACCAUCUUCCUCAGCUCGUUGCUGUACAACCUGCUGCACGUCUUCCGGCUUCAGAACAAACUGCUCAACAUUGGCACCGCGACGGUUUAUUGUCCGGCUACACUUAUUAUCUUCGUCAUGUCGGUCAUCUUCGGGCUGUGUAUGUGCUUCCCGUUGCUCACGUACUUGAUCGACAGCAUCGAUUCGCUGCGCUACCAAUUCCGGCACAUCCUCUUCACCUUCAUCGGGCUGCUGCUUGUCGCCGGCCAGGUCUUGGUUAACCUCUACCUAGCGAUCCUUCUCUUCCGUGCUGCGCCGAAUUCGCAGGCGUUGAAGCUUUCAACGCUGUACAUCGAGGGCUCGAAGAUCGAACCGCUGAUGCCUGGACCGACGUACAGCUCCCCAACAGCCGCGCAUCCUCCUCCACAUCCUCAAUUUACUUUG